AGCUGCCUACACAACAAGAAACAUCGGCGCGGCGGCUUAAAGGCCUAGAGGGAAAGGUUGCCGCAUCUCUAUCUCACCGACCGUCUGUCUUAAUUUUAAUUUUGCUUAGUUUUUAAUGGCGAAUUCGUUGUUUCUCCCAAAUCACACUUUGAUAGCUCCGCCUCCUCGUCGCCUCUCCGCCUCCGUCUCCUCGAAACCCAACAAACCCCAACCCCCUCUUCUUCCUUGUCCUCCUCCUCUAGGGUUUAUCAACUUCUCUCUCACCUCCAACUCUUCCUCCUCCAUUAUUAAUCCCAGCAGCGGCGGCAUCAGCAGCAGCAGGAGGCGAGCCGCCUCUUCCUUCAAGUCUCGUCUCGCUCCUCAGGACUCGGUUCCCCCAACGAAUUCCAGAAAGGAAAGUAGUAAGAGCAAUGCAGGACCUUCUGGAAGCGGAGGAGAUGAAGAGCAGUUGCCCUCUUUGAAAACCCUCCUUAAAGUUUACAAGGAAGCUAUUUUUAAUGGGGAUGGAAAAACUGUAUCCGAAGUUGAGGCUAUUAUACGAGUGAUAGAAAAUGAGAAGAAAGAGUUAGUCGAGAAAGUAUCUUCUGCAUCGGCAGAGAUAACGUCUGGGAAGGAGAAAUUGAUCCGCUUGCAAGCAGAUUUUGAUAAUUGUAGAAAAAGAUUUGAGAAGGAGAGGCUGACCGUAAGGACGGACGCCCAAGGGGAAGUGAUUGAGAGUCUUUUGCCCAUGGUUGACAAUUUUGAGAGAGCCAGGCAAUACCUUAAACCCGAGACUGAAAAGGAAAAAAAGAUUGAUGCAAGUUACCAAGGUAUAUACAAGCAAUUCGUUGAGAUUAUGAGGAGCUUGCAUGUGGCCAUCGUUCCAACCGUGGGAAAGCCUUUCGAUCCUUCGUUGCAUGAAGCUAUUGCACGCGAAGAGUCUCAAGAGUUAAGGGAAGGGAUUAUAAUCCAAGAAAUCCGCCGCGGGUUUUUACUUGGAGGUCGGCUUCUGAGACCAGCUACGGUUAAAGUCUCAUCAGGGCCCGGCAGUAAGAAACCCCCAGUGGCCACUGAGAAAACAACUGCAGGAGUGGAGAAAUGAUAAGCUCUCUCACGCUAGCUGAACUCGAAGAUAAGAUACAUCUGCUUUCAUCAGCCAAUCCGGCAUUUCCGAGGUAUACAAGUUAAAAUUAAAUUGUCACAUUCGCAUUGUGUAUGUGGUACAUAAUUUUCUUGAGGGGAUAUAUAAAUUCGUUAAACUUCGUUAUUUGUUGGAAGAGAUGCCAAGUGUGAAUCGCCCGUCAUGAAUCUAAUAAAAGGGUCCCAAUGCAGACUGGUAUUACACUGAA